UGUUUAAUAACACCCUUUGCAUCGGUACAAUAAACAGGAAUAAAAAUAUUCGUAAAUUUGUACUUUGCUAAUCUCGGUUUUUAUUCCUUUCUAUUGUUUAAAAAAUGAAAGGUUCAUCAAAAAACGAUGAUUGCUAUUUUUUCUACUAUUCGUCGUGUACUAAGAGUGAUAGGUGCCCAUUUCGCCACGAAGCAGCAGCACUUGGAAACGAGACAGUAUGUUCAUAUUGGCAGCAAGGAAUGUGCAGCAAACUUCAUUGCCCCUUCCGUCACAUGGAAUUGAAGAAAAACCGUUCGCAAAUACCUUGCUAUUGGGAAUCACAGCCAGUUGGAUGUCAAAAAUCUCAUUGCCCGUUCUUUCAUAAAACACUAAAAGAGUUGGGGGAUGCUUCACCGAACAAAGAUGAAACGUUAAUAAGGAGAGUAAAAAAUGAGCUAGAAUCAGAUCCAGAAAAUGGCUCAACAACACCUCCACCUCUAGUUCAAUCCAUGGUUGUCAGCAUCAAUGAAGAAUCUGAUACAGAAAGCAUUCCCUCUCCCAGCAAGGCCCAGAAAAACACAGAUGAUGUCUUCAAAAUCAAAUCUCUGGAGGAACUGAAACUCGAACAGAUACAAAAACACGACGCUGCCAUGUAUCAGUACGAUCAGCCCGCUGAAGGAAAAACAAAGAAGACUGCCAAAGUCAGGGCGGACCUACGGAAUCGUCUGCAAGUUAGUCAGCCACCCGAGCAGAAUCAGAAUUCUGAAUUUAAAGUGAAAACAUUGGAAGAAAUUCGAGCGGAAAAGCUAGCCAAGAACCAAGUUCCCAAAGACGACCCAACAACUAUGGAAGAACUGACUGGUUCUUCAUUCAAUUCCAAACGACCAGCACCGCAAACCAAAAAACAAAUUCGGAUCAAGCGGCCAAAGAUCUCCGCGGAUCCACCUUCCGACGUACAAGUGCCUAACACGGUGACCGAAAAUGCCGUGACAAUUGCAACCGCGCCUAGCAAACUAGUUGAGGGGUCCCAGCCCCAGUCCACCCAAGCUGAAGAUUACCUUGACGAUGAUGACGAUGGAGCGGAUAACAACACCGGUUUACUAAACGAGGAUGAACUUCUUUUAGAGAUCGAUAAUAUCCUGGGAGACUAAUUGUGCGCUUUGUUUUGAUUUUUCUUUUUUUUUGCUUGUUUGUAAUUGCUGCCAAGUGAUAUACAUUAUGACACACACGACACCAUGGGAAGAAAAAUACAAAUGUGCGUUUUAAUCCAAUUCCACAAUGCAAAGUUUCAAAGUUACGAUGACACAUGUCAUCAGCGAGCUGCCGAAUCACCAGUAGAGUUGGCCGCCAACGCCACUGUCGUCCUUUUGUCUGCGUGGCAUGUUCUUUCACGUGACUUGGCGGGCACGAAGCCAAUAGCAAAUCAGAAGCAAAUGGAACAGUGAAGAAACAUUUCAACAUGAAAUGGGUAGGCGACGAGCAAAAAGAGGACAUAAGAAUGAUAAUUGAAACAAAGCACAAAAGGGGAACAUAUUCAGUUAUACAAUACUUCUGAAACAGAAAAAGAAAGCAAUAUGGUCCCACACCAGUUUUCACUGUCAAGUGUUGAACAGAAAAAAAAAGUACGUCAUGUAAA